AUGCCCUGCGAUUACGGUUUAGGUCCAGGCUUCGAGCCUAAACAUAUCGACAGGAAGUCACUCUAUGUCAACCUCGAAGAGAGAAUCAAGUACUUGCAUGACUUCCUUGACUUCAACUCUGCCGACAUCGAAGCCCUGCAGGGUGGAGCCAAGUACCUCAAGCAACUUAUCCCCGCUGUGGUCAACCUUGUAUACAAGAAGCUCCUUCAAUAUGACAUCACCUCGCGGGCGUUUCACACUCGAACAACAGCCGACGAGACUGAGCCCGACCAAGAGUGGUUGGAUGAGGAUUCACCCAGGAUUCAGCGGCGCAAGAUGUUCCUUCGCUGGUACCUCACAAGGCUAUGCCAGGAUCCGACGAGUAUUGACUUCUGGCGAUAUCUUAGCAAAGUCGGUAUGAUGCAUUGCGGUCAAGAGCGUUUACAUCCCCUCAACAUUGAAUUCGUCCACACCAACGUCUGCAUGGGUUUUAUCCAGGAUAUCUUCAUCGAAGCACUCCUCUCCCACCCCCAUAUCUCCCUCCGACGCAAGAUCGCGCUCGUUCGAGCCGUCAACAAGAUUCUCUGGAUCCAAAACGAUCUGUUCGCCAAGUGGCGGGUUCGCGAUGGCGAGGAGUACGCCGAUGAAAUGUCCGUGUACAGUUUUGGAUCGGGGAAAGAAGGGUAUAUUGGGGAUAAAAAGAUCCUGGGCAGCGACUCCAGUAGCUCUGCUGAUGAUGACACGGCCAGCGUGGUGAGCAGCAUUGCGCCGUCGACAGACACUGCACAAACCAUUCAUACGACAUAUACUCCUGCCUCCCAACCCUCCGUGUGUCCGUUUGCAGAUCUUGCCAAGAGUUCAUCUACGGAAACGAAAAUCUGGGCCAAUUGA